UCAGAUUAUAAUGUCAAUUGUAAUACUGAUAAAAAAAAUUCUAACUUAAAUUCGGGUAAUGUUGCAGGAACACCGGUUACUCCUGGUGUAGCACCGGCUAAUCCUGAUAUAGCACCGGUUACUCCUAGUGUAGCACCGAUAGGUGCACAUGUAAACAGUAAACUGCAACUAAGCGCUGAUGAUCUCAAGUUUCUGGAAGAUCUAUACAAAGACAAAGAUAGUAAGUCAAAGGUGAUUAAAAUGAUGGAGAGAUUUGUGGAAAAAGUUCACAAUUAUUUUACUAAAUGGUACGACCGGUUGGCUAAAUAUAUGAAAAACUCUAGAAUUUUGAAAGCCUUUAUCCGAAGUAAAACCAAUGUCAACGAAACCGUUACUGAUAUUAACAAUGCAAUGGAAAGAAACAAAUUGAAUGAUUUCUUAGAUAAAUGGUUUAAAGACCAACAAAAACAAACUGACAAACAAAUUGUUACAAUGGAUAAUACGGGUAAAAUUGAACAGUUGUCUAAGGAAAGCCUACUUAAAGAUAUGAUCAAUGAAUUGAGAAAACAGUCAAUGGAUGAUAAAAUUAAAAAUAAUAAUAAUACCAAUAGUAAUAAUAAUAAUGCCACACAUAAAUAUGUUUUCUUUGUUAACAUAGUUUUGUCAUCGCUAGACAGGGGAAACAGUUUUAUUUUGUCGGAUAUUAUACAAAAUAUUAGACAAAACGCUACACAACACGGAAACAACAACACUAUCAGUCAAUCGGGUAAUCCGUUAAUAGACACAGAGUUUCAACUACUGGAUUGGCUAAACCCGGGCUCACCGCUUGUGAACACAUUGAAAAACUUGACCGGUUUUGUUAGCAAACCUAACCGACCGCCACAUAAACCGCUGGUCAAUAACCAGACUAACAGUGUGCCAAUAAUAAGUGAGACAACCGACAAACCGGAUAUCGGUUCUCAAUCUAACUAUCCAUAUGUGGCACCGCAAGACAACUAUAACAGUCAAUACAAUAACUAUAAUAAUUUUAUCUCUCAAACCCAGAAUAGGCCACCGCAUAGAAAACCAUACGAUGGUGUAUAUCAUGGACCUAAUGCCGUGAUUAGUAAACCCGGGUAUCCUCUGUUGAACUCAAAUUUGGGUUCACAAAGCUAUACAUUUCAAACAAAACCAACAGUUAGUAUACUGGUUAGGCCUACAAAUAAUAAUAAUAAUCAUAAUAAUAAUCAUAACAAUAAUCAUCAGUCCAACUAUCCUGGUUUUUAUCCUCGAGUCGAUGUCCAAUAA